AUGGUGCACGAGGAAGUGGUGAUCGACGGCGACUCGACGGAGGACGACGAGGAGGUGCGCAUCAUCACGCCGCAGUCGCGCAAGCGGCGACGCCGCUCCAACAAUCAGGAGAUGGAGGCACCUUCCGCUGCCCCGCGGCGCCAGCAACAGCUGCUUCUGGGCAAGGACGGCGUCUCCUCGCAGCCCAUGACGCUGCGCACGCCGACGCCGACGCGUCGCUCGCGUCGCAACCUGCAGCAGCUCUCGAUCUCGGCGGCUGUGGCUCGUGGCGAGCGCGGACGCCAGCAAGAAUCUGCUGGCAAGGAAGAAGUAGCUGUAGGAGAGGAGGGAGAAGAAGAAGACGAUGACGACGAUGAGGUCUGCAUCAUUCAGCCGCCGUCCGCGGACUCUGUCAGGAGCAGAGGCAGUAGUGGACGCAAGAGCCGACAAAUCGAGGACAGCGACGAGGAGCUUGAGCCCUCGCAGAAGGAACAAGACGUGGAGAUGGAGGAGAAGGAGGAUGAAGACGAAGACGAGGAGGUGCAGGUGCAAGAAACGUCGUCGGCCUCGAGACGCAGCUCGAGGAUCGAACACAAGCGCAAGGAGAAGGAGGCGCAGCACUCCAUCGCUCGCAAGCUGGACUACCCUAUGCUGGACAAUUGUCUGGACAAUCUGCAGACCUUUGGCCCGCAUUAUCAGGGAGGUGAAGGUGAUGACGACAACGAUGAAGAUUACCAGGACUCGGAGAUGGAGGAGGCUCCACCCCCUCCCAAGAAGAAGCGACGAUCUUUGCCGCGAGAAGGAGAGCGGGAUAACCGCGAGAAGGUUUACGCGGAUGGAGGAGAGGAUGUGGACGACUUCAUUUGCGACGAUGAUGAGAUCGAGUACAUGGAUGACGACGAGGAGGGCGUCAUUAGUGUGGAGUCGUCGGACGAUGAAAUCGGAGCUGACGAUCCUGAAGAGUUGACUGCCAUGCUGUCAGCAGGGCGAUCGCGUGAGAUACACGAAUGGUUCACUAUUUAUCUGGAGUAUCUGGAGGAGUGCAUUCUUGACCCCGAGUUCGAGAGGAAAAUGCACCGCAAGCGAUCCAAGGCCAAGUACCAGCUUUACGAACAGGCUGUCAAUCGUAUUGAGCGCAAACUCUGUUCGUGCCGCGACACGGUCCGUUCUGGUGUCGCAUGGCCGGAGGAAAUGGUUGAUGCACUGAAGUUUGCAUCGCAAUAUCGUUCAGGCCACGUCUCCGCAGAACAGGAUUGCGACGCCUGCAACCGUCGACAACAUUUGGCUACCUAUCACGUUGAGCUUGCAGGUGCUGCCUGCGACGCAACUAGGUUGUAUGGCAACAACUGGAUGCAUCAUUUGAAGGAAGCGGCAAAGGAGGCAGAACCUGUUCACAACUCGUUCGAAAUGGGCAACGUGUGCCACGCCCGCACAUUGGCCUACUGGGAACUAUUGCACGCCAAACAAUUUUGGUCCGUUUUAGUAGAUGCUAAGCUGAAGGAGUGUGCUGAUGAUAGGACGGGACGGAUCGCUGAGCAAUAUCGAGACGAUUUCUUCAAGAAGGAGUUUGGACGCUUUAAAAAGCUCGUUGAGCUGGUGGAAAAGUUUGCCGAUGACUCCAAGCGAAUCGCGAUAUACAUGCCGAACGUGUGGAAAAGGAUCACACCGCGCAACGUGAAGAGCGAUUUCCUCCCCCUUCCAUCGCGAGCCGCAGCACGUUCGGAUCCAGAACCCCGACGGGGCACGCUCGAUGCAUUUGUUGCCGAGAGCGAAGAGGAGGAAUCCGAGGACGAAGAAGCUGUAAUGGAGCAGAUCGAGGAAAACAAACGAGCUGCUACAAGGGGCAGCAACGAUGACGACCAGGCCACGGACGAUGAGGAGGAAGCUAACGUGGUGGACGUGAGCUCACCACGCCAGACACCUCGCUCCGAAAGCAAGAAGGAGCAGAAGCUUCAGCAUGCAGUUGACGAAGACAAAGAAGACGAAGACCAGCAAUUCAAGGACGUCAAGGAUGCCAAGAAAAAGGAUAUCGACGACCUUAUGUGUUUGGUGUGCGAUUCAAGCUCGCGCAACGCUGGUGUAGUCCACGGUUUAUACCUUCACAUGUAUUGCUGCUAUGCGUGUGCUAAGCGCCAGCAUCGGAUGAAACGUGGUUGCAUGGUGUGCAACCGUCCUAUCGACCGCGUGCUUCGACUGCUUCCUCUCACGCUAGACGCACGGAAGGCUAUUCGAAACCAGCAGAAGAAGUCGUAA